GGCCUAGAAGGAAAGUAAAAGAGAAAACAGGGAGAAGAAAGAAAAAGAGCUCUAUAUUCUCGCAUCUAUGGAGUUUCCUUUAGGAAGAUCUGAUCAUGAAAGCAGAGUCAACGGACAGAAGAGGAGUGAAUCUGGUGGCGGUGGCGAUGAAGAUCAUCAUCGGAAAGAAGAGAUUGAUAUUGAGGUGCCACCGGCUGAUACUUCUUCUGGACCAAUUGUAUCUUCAACUAAAAAGGAAGAGGUGGAAGAGCUAGAAUGUGCAAAAACGGAAAUGGGUGUAGUGAGAGAAGAAAAUCAAAGGCUGAAGCGAAGUUUGGAUCGAGUUCUGAAGGAUUACAGAACACUUGAAAUGCAAUUCAAAGAUAUGGUUCAAAAAGGAAGAACCAAACAAUCCAUUACUUCUGAUCAUCACAAAGGCUCACCAUCAUCGGAUCACAGUGGUCGAGACAUUAUUAUAACUGAGGAAGAAUCUGAUGAGCUAGUUUCUCUGAGCCUUGGAAGAGAUAUUCCCAGUAAUAAUAAUCCAAUUAGAAAGCCGCAUGAUCAGAAAAGCAAAGCUUCGAAAGCAUUAUUAUUGAAGGAUGAAGAAGAAGAGGACUUGGCUCUUGGAUUGGACUGCAAAUUUGAGACAUCAAAGUCAGGAAGCUUAAGUACUCAUGAAGCUAAUAAUAAUAAUAAUUCGCCAAAUACUAUUAAUCCAAGCCCUACCAAUAGUUCUGAAGAGACACCCAAUAAGGAAGAAGAAGAGAGUUGGCAACCAAGCAAAGCACUCAAAACAACCAGAGAUACUGCUUGUUCAGCAGAAGACGAAGUUUCCCAGCACAAUCCUGCAAAGAAAGCUAGGGUUUGUGUCAGAGCAAGAUGCGACACUCCAACUAUGAACGAUGGAUGUCAGUGGAGAAAAUACGGACAAAAAAUCUCCAAGGGAAAUCCUUGUCCUAGGGCAUACUAUCGUUGUACAGUUGCCCCAUCGUGCCCAGUAAAAAAACAGGUACAAAGAUGUGCUGAGGAUAUGUCGGUUUUAGCUACAACUUAUGAGGGAAUCCAUAACCACCCUCUUCCUCUCUCAGCCACCGCCAUGGCUUCCACUACUUCUGCGGCAGCUUCCAUGCUUUUGUCUGGUUCAUCGUCUUCUUCCGCCGCCGCCACAACCGCCACUUCAGCUGAUCUCUAUGGCCUGAAUUUCUCCUUACCAGAUGGUUCCACCAGCAGAUCAAAACCAUUAUAUCUCUCUAAUCCUUCACUCUCAUCAUUUGCGCCUUCUCACCCAACAAUCACUCUCGACCUCACCACAAACUCAGCUGCCUCCAGAUUCAUGACCUCAUCAUCAUCAAGCUACAACCUAGCUCCAAGAUCAUCAUCAUCAUUACCAUAUCCUUCUUCCACAAGUCUCAACUUUAGUACCCCAAACAAUAAUAGCUUUCUCAGCUAUAACAGUAAUAACAGGAACAUUUUCAGUUCCGUGAACCUUGGAAGGUCGACAAUGGAUAAUGUCUAUAGGCUGCCUUACGUACAAAAGAACAGUGUUAGCAAUAACCCAACUCAUCCUCCUCCCCAACCUACUGCUCUACCGGAUGGUAUCGCCGCCGCGACCAAGGCCAUCGCGGCGGACCCAAAGUUUCAGUCGGCUUUGGCGGUGGCACUUAGCUCAAUUAUUGGCACAGGAAGUGGCAGUGGAAGCAGCCAAGGCAAUCGUGGCGGUGCCGGAGAAAACUUGACUCAUCAGAAAAUGAAAUGGGGAGGGCUGUUUCCAGCAUUAUAAGUAUCGCAAUUUCGAUUCAGUAGUGCUAUAUUGUGAUCAAUGCAAGCAAUUAAUUGUUUAGACCAUUUUUCAAUUAUUUUUAAUCUUUGUAUAUUAUUUAGUGUCAUAGUAUAUUGAUGCCAUGUCAUGUAUCCUUCAGUCCUUAAU